AUGGAGACGGUAACGAACCUCGUAUCUGGUGCUGCCGGCGUUGCGUCGCGCGCUAUCUGGGGCGAGGCAGAGAACGAGCAGAAGAGAGAGAAUGAGACUCUGGGGAAGGAACCUCUAUCUGGAGUAGUCGGCGACGUGAAGAGCGGCGAGCCUUACGAUAAGGGAAACGCCGAAGAUUCUACUAUCGGCACCGACAGAACAUCAACCCUGACUUCUAACCCGAAAGUCACAGACACUACUGCUCCUUCUGUGCCAAGUGCAAGUGAAGGUCUUGUGCAGAAGAAGGAAGACCCGACUGUCCCAGCGCCAUCGACCACGUCGACUACUAGCGUUGAUGCCACGCUGGUUUCGGAGCUUCCUGAUCGUCCUAUUGAGGUAUUCGAGACGGGACCGAGUACGGGGAUCCAAGACAUAAAGCCAGAUACUGGAUAUGCUAUGAAGCAUGAUAUUACGAAGAGUAUCGACGAGCAAGCCGCAACCAGUGCGGCCGUAGCUGGACUUGGAACCCCAAGCGGAAUGGAGAAGGAGAAGGAGAGCGUGGGUACGGGCGCGAUCAAGAGUACUGAGCGUUUGAAUAAUUCCGCCUUUCCAGAAACCACACCCUUUAAGACCGAGUCGUCCACCAGCCUCUCAACCGCUGCUCCCUCAACCACUGCCCCCUCAACCACUGCCCCCUCAACCACUGCUCCCUCAACCACUGCCCACUCAACCACUGCCCCCUCAACCACUGCCCCCUCAACCACUGCCCCCUCAACCACUGCCCCCUCAACCACUGCCCAUCCCGUCACCACCCUCCCGGAAUCAGUCACCGAGCAUUCAGGCUCAGCGUCAAAGAAGAGUCUCGAAGAAUCCGGCUCAGUCUCACCGGAUACGCCGGGAAAGAAAAGCCUGAAGGAGAAGAUUGGCCUCGAGAAGCUGAAGGCGAAGCUGCACAUUCAUAAGGAGUCUAACGAGUAG